AUGCCAACCGACAGCGAGGAUAUGGACUCUGGUGUUGCUGCCCUGAAUGUAGUUGAUCGACUGCCCAGCCGCAUUCUGCCAACGCUCGAAGCCAAUGUGGAGCUCGCGGAUGGAAAGCGAGCCGUCAAGGUGCUGGCCUCUCAAGAAACACCGCACCGGCAAUAUAGAGAUGCAGCCGCUGCGGUAGCCAAGUCAUCGGUGGCGGACGGUGGAGGAAAGGCCCGCAGGGCUACCGUUCUGGACACCAAGGCCGGGGAUGUGUCACAGUAUCAGCUGACCGCGUCGCCUAAUGAAAACAAUGGCUCCUGGGGUGGCUCACAAGUCGGCUUCAACAGCUCUAUCGAAUUUUACAUGGCGAAUGAGCCUGAAGAUUUCAUCGACAUGACGCAGCAAGCGCAACAUACCACCCUCAGAGCCAGAGCGCAACACGGCUUCUCAGCCACAGCCUAG